AUGGCCGCUUCUCUUGCUCGCCUCGCCGGGAGGCUUUCGACCGUGCUCGCCGUUCUCUUUCUGACCUCGUGGGCUGCCACAGCGUUGAGCUUUACCGCCAUCAACGUCCUCAACACCGAAGCCACCAUCCUUGGCACCAUCGCCUCCAUCAGCUUGUUGACCUUCCUCGUCAGCCGGCUUCUCGUUCGCUUCCAGCCCCAGGAGGGCACCCUCGCUCACCUUCUGGCCACGGCCCAUCAUGGUUCCCGCCGAGGGGCCCUCGUGCAUCUCUCCUUCUGCGGCACCUGGCUGUACGAGCUGCUCUCCAAGGGCGUCCUCUUGUUGUUCCUGACCCUCUUCGGCGGAGUCCUGGCCACCGUCAUUUACAACGAUCCUAACAUGGAGAACUGGAGCACUGUCCCUGAUGCCGACCAGCCGGACGCGUCCACCACGGCCCUGGCGGAGAUUGACGAAUUCAAGGAAAAGGCUGGAUUCGAUCCUACUCAACUCUUCCGCUGGAUCCCUCCCCAGGCUUUGGUCUACUGCAUCGCGCUCCUGUGGAUCAACUUUCUGAGUUUGGGGUUGUAUAUUCUGGGUCAUGGGUUGAAGUCAUUGGGUCGCGUGUUGAGCUCGCCGUCCCAAACGGCGAAGGAGGGCAAGGAGGGUCAGGUGGCGGACAAGGCUUGA